CUUAUCACGCGAAAAGUAGAAAGAUAGAAACUGACGAUGAUUCGACUUGUACCUAAUUUGUAUUUUGUCUUCCAAUAUUCUUAUAUUUGGCAUUGAUGUGAUCAUGGCCCGUGGCCGAAAAUUCAUCUAAAACAAAAAUACAUGAAUGAAAAGUAUAAUUUUGUAAGGAGGUCAUUCAAAAAACAAUUAAACGAUUAAAAUAAAUGCCUUACAUUCAGCAAGCACUUAACGAAUUUAAUGCCCUCAUCAAAGGAAUGCCUUGAAUAAAACUCGCGAGGCGUAAUGCAUUUCUUUGGACAUCUAUUUUCUUUCCCUGUCGGUCCUGUUUGUAGCAUGCGCAAAUUCGUCAAAGACAUUUUUCGUUUAUUUUCAACGAUGCGAUAACCGUCCAAGUCGAACUUUUUACACCUUUGUUUGCUAUUCACGCGACUAAAGCCACAAUGGUAGUAACUCGACAAUCGACUCACCGCGAUGGAGGGGAAACUGGGGAGGAAAGUCAUUCAGAACCCCCUCCAGCUAUCAGCCGAACAUCGAUGGAGUUUCAGCCUCCGAUGACAUUUGUGUUUCAGCCACCCCAAAAUCAACUCAAUCAACCGAAUACUGCAGAGGAAUUCGAUAUACCCGAGGAGACAGACUCAAUUCAGUGUGAAAGUGAAACGAAGGAAACGGCCAGCGAAAUCACAGAAAUUGCCAGACGCUCAGACGUGUCCCCGUCCCGCGGCGGGAGCGAGGUCGUUCGUCUCCUCGCCAGUCUUCACGACCUCAGUCGCCAGAUGGAGAUCACCAUGGUUGACCUGCGCGCGCAGCUCGGCAACCAGCUGGGAAGCCAGUCUUGGUCCUCUGGAGACUAUGACCUGCCCGAGGACAGUAUAUCCCAGCGCGAGCGACCGGGUUCACGGGGAAUCAAACAGAUCAGAAGGGCCAUCUCGCAUACCUGGGGUGGAGUCGUCUGCCGCGUUCUCACCCUCUGGCAGCUGAUCUGUCUGAGGUUUCCCGUCGCCACCGGUCGACUGACGGAGCUCAGUCGGAAGCUCAGAACCCUCCUGCCCGCUCUGGGCUACCUCCUACUCGCCCACAUCUUGUAUGGAGUCUACACGACGCACCAGAAACUCGUGGAGCAGCAAAGGCGGAGAGCCGUGCCCUGGCUCUAGCGGCGGAAUUGGGAACUAGUAGUUCUGCUAUAGAUGACAGGGCAGUAGUGAUGCGUUUGUUGUGUUACGUGAAAUGGUAUUUUGUUACAUUUUAGCGUCAUUUGUGGUUGUCUUUUGUUUCCCUGGCUUCAAAUUACAAUUCUGCUUAUGUUUCGUUCAAAUUUUACGUGUCGAACUGUAGCGUGCAGUAAAUAUUAUGUCCACGAAUACUAAUGGUGUUAAUACAUUAUCCCCAUGCCUCGCG